GUACAUAAUGAUCUGAAGUCUAUAGAGGAACCGGGUGAAAAGAGACAAUGCCAGACACACUGUCCCUCUCUACGGGAGUCAGCUUGGGACUGCUGGCUGGGAUAGUGUCGGGAGUAUGUUACCUCUUCGCUAAUGGACUGACGAAGUCGAAGGAAACAAAAGACGUCUACACAAAGAAAUCUAUAGCUGCAGGUGACAAACACAUCUGCCGACGGUGUGGUGGUGACACUUUAGGCGGUUUGGUCCCAUGCAUUUGUGAAUACCACGAUCCGGUAAAGUUUGAGUCAGGGGCGUGGUUUCUCAGACAAGUUCAACGCGCCCUCAGCCUGAUGCCCUGGUCUCUCAGCACUGAUAAACUGGAACAAAUUGACGAAGAAUGCGAAGGCACAAGCGACAACCGAGACCUCCAUAACGUCAGAGAGUUUCUGGAAGCUAUAUCUUCCAAAUUAGCUGGUGGUCCACUUGAAGGAAUCCGGGUUGCUCCUCUUUAUGAUCAUCCAGCAUAUUUACCAAAACCACAGGCAGCGCACAGUAACCGGACAAUCGGUGCAAGUGGUGCGCACGCGCAACUGAAACGCCUAGUAGCGAGAGUGGUAGAGGAAGCUGCAGCUCUUCCAGCGCUAGCCAGAUAUGCAGCAGAACCCUCCACACCCACAGAGUCUUCUUACGAAGAUCUUCUAGCUACUGCUAUACUAAACAAGGUCAUAGAACGCUACCAAACGGAGAGCGGAUCCGGCGGUCGCAGCAGCGGGAUCCACUCAGCCAGUGCCAGUCCAUCGCCUUCCGAAAGAUCAUCUCCGCGGUCAUUGGAACUCAACUCACGUAACACAAGGGAAAUUUCACCAUCUGUCAGUGCUAUUCGUGGUGACGACGAUGUCUCAGAUUGGGAAGAAGGUGAAGCCACCGAUGAUGCCGUGGAGCUGCCACGACGCGUACCUUUCCCCGAAUUUGGUGGAGAUAUUGUCCACCAAACAGAAAACAUUGACCGAGACUUCGACGAAGUUUCUGGAAGUGACAUCCAAGCAAUCGACGGUUCGUGGGAGGAGAACUGGCUUUUCCAAAAGAAGAAAAUCAAAAAUAUUCAAUCAGUUCCGGUUCCUAUGCUAGUCCCAAACUCUAACACAGAGUACAGAGUUUUAAUUGGCGACCGGGAUGCCGACGAUACAACAGAUCUUUCUGAUAAUGCGAGUGAUACUGAAGAGAAUGAAACAUAUCAGAGUGAUAUAAAAAAAGUUCUAGAAUCAAAACACGUUAUCGGUGGUAAACCUAAAGUAGACGAAGAGUUAGACUUUGAACCAGACAGUCUUAUGUCUGUUAAUGGAUCCGAGGAAUUCGAGAAAAUUUAUAAUGAAUAUUCUAAAAGCGAAGACACAGUCGAUGCAGUAGAAGUAAAAAAUGUAGGGAUACAAGAAAUAGAUCGUCAUGAAGACUCAAUACUCGUAAUCGGCGUAGAUAGCGGUCCAUUACCAAAAACUGAAUUCAAUUUAAAAGAAGAAAUCCACAGAACCGCUAUAAAUGGUCACGAUGUGUUUGAAGAUUUAAGAAAUACAAAAGAAAUGUCCAUUGACAGUCUCGAAAUGGAUGGAGUUCCUAAAGAAAAAGAGUCGACAAAUACGCUGAGCAAUCACGAACGUGAAGGUGAAUAUGAAGAGACAGUAACGAUCCCAGUACAACGGUAUGCUGAUAGUUUACGGAGGAAACAUUUUGAAGAUGAACCUCAAACUAAACCAGCAUCAAACGAAACCGAAGAUGAACUUAUGCCAGGAACCAUAGCUUACAGAGAGCGGAAAAAGUGGUUGAAUUAUGUCGAAAUGCCAAACAAUCCUUAUUCACCAGAAGCUAUCCAGAAGAGAUUGUUAGCGAAAAGUACAUCCUCCCUCUUCGAUAGUUUGACAUCUAAAAAUAAUUUAGACGAUAAGUUCGCUUCAGACGAGGAAGUAACCAAAUCAACGGACAGUGAAGAUAAAUAUAAAAAAAUUAAUUCUAGCCAAAGUACAGAAUGUUUGAAAGUUAACGAUCGAUCACAGAGUCCAUCGCCUAAAAUGUUAAAAGAUGUUUUAGCAGAAGAAGUUCCACAAUACAAACGUUACGGCAGAGAUUAUUAUAUUAAAGAAGCAAAACUUUCGUCGGGAGGACGAGAGAAGACGUUUAGCGAUACAAGUUCAAUAUCGAGUUCGAUCAACAAAUCGAGCAGCUUAGACAAUUUCGAUACUGAUUUCGCCUCCCCUGUAAGUGCCAGCAGCUCACUGAGCGAUCUGGAAGCCUGCGCCCUUCAUCAGAACAUCGUCCGCGCCGUAUUCAGCCCUAGAAACGCUAGCCCCAAUUUUGCCAUAAACCCCAUUUUCGAAAAUCCCAUAGAUUCCGAUGACAUUGCGUAUCGGCGCAACGUCAGCCGUGCCAAUGAAUUGCUAAUACAGCAAUUUAAUUCUAUUGCCGCUAAUCAAGACUAUACAAAAUUCAAUGGUAAAGAGUCGAACAAUAUAUCAGUAACGACAGUCCCAAUAGAGGGUAAAAAUGAAAUAUUAAUAGAAUACGAAGAUACGAAUGAGGUAUUUGUUGCUAAACCGGUUAUGGUAGAGGAUCAGACGGAUAGACAAUUCGAAGACAUACUUGACUCUGUUAACACAAGAACGCAGUCAACCGAACCAGAAAAAUCACCUACACGAAGUAUAGAAAAUUCUUAUAGCUCCAGCAGCAUUGAAGAUUCAAUCAAAAUAUAUAAUAUUCAAACUGGCGAGAUAGUAAAAUGCAAACCAGAAGAUAAGGUAUCGCGAUACGAGUGUGACGAAAACGACAAUAUACACUCAGUUGAUAACAAGAUCUCCGGCGAAAUUAUCGAUAGGCUCAGUCAAAACGUUCAACUCCGCGACGACGCCGGCGUCGAACCAGAUCUGAAACAGUCGGAAAGUAAACUCGAAAAAAUCAGUGAAAUAGACGAAAUAUUACCGCAAUUACCUAAAGUGAAGGAACUCGCGAAAAAGUUUGUCAGUAUGGACAAUCUUAACGAACCAACGAAGCCACCACACCAACUAUGGCGACAAAGGAGUAAAGAAAACCUUCUUGAUACAAAAGAUAAAUCGAAACAGUUAUACAUGCACAGUCUUACAGCUAGAAGCAUUUCUAAACAAUUUCGCGAAGAACUAAAACUAUCAAAGCCUACAAGCAUAAAGGUUCCCGGAGGAGCCAACGAAAUCCCAGAAGGUGCAGACGAGGUUGUUAAGGAGCAUAGUCCAGAAAGACCGCCCAGUCCAGUCCCCACGCCUGGCACUAUUAAGACAAAAUUAGCCUUUUUUGAAAGUUUAAAAUCUAAGUUUAGCAGCAAAUAGCGGCAAAAUGAUUGAUAAAAUGUCUUAAAUGUUUAUUAACUUAUUAACAGAAUUUUGACAAUUAAUUUUGUAAAUGGGUUUCAUAGGUAAAUAACUACUACAUGUUUAGAUCAUCAUAAACUUGUUUUGUAGUUAUGUCACAGUACGAAGUCGAUUUUGAAUAGAGACAGAGCUAACAACAAAAAAUAGAAAUUAAUAAGUAAUAUAACUAAUACAUAAAACAGUAAUUUAUUUGGAGAAUAUUUAAUUCAUAACCUUGUUUUUGACAUAAAACAAUUGAAUGUAAAUGACAAAUGUGUAACUUAUUUAAUAUUCAGCUGAAAACAUAAUUGCAAUAAGUAUAUUAUUAAAGGUGCUUUUAGUUUAGGCAUAUAUUUUCAGGGGUUCAUAUAUUUUAUAACUUAUGUAUGGUGUAAAUAAAUAGAAUAGUGCCAUUUUAUAAUCAUUGUUUAGUGUAUGCCAAAGUUGUAAAUAGGAACAUUCCAAUAAAAUUAGUGGUUGUGUCUAUUGCAGUAAUUUUUAUAUAUACUUCCAGUCAAAGUAUUGCUAGAUUAAAAAAAUAAUAAACAAAAGGUGCUAUAUAAAGACAUCUAUUUAAGCAAUAAUUUAUAACUAGCAAUACUAUGACAAUAUUGGUGUGUGCAAUAAUUAUAAAAACCCCAUAAAGUAUGAAAUGUGAUAAUGAACAUAUUGAAAUAAGAUAGAUAUUUUUCGAGGGGGUGUUGUUCAAUGGGAUGAUAAUAAACAAAUAAAAAUA